AUGCUGGUCUAUGUGACGCUGGUCUAUGUGACGCUGGUCUAUGUGUCGCUGGUCUAUGUGACGCUGGUCUAUGUGACGCUGGUCUAUGUGACGCUGGUCUAUGUGACGCUGGUCUAUGUGACGCUGGUCUAUGUGACGCUGGUCUGUGUGACGCUGGUCUAUGUGACGCUGGUCUAUGUGACGCUGGUGAGAGUGGCUGGACCUGGGCCUGAUCAUCGUCUGGCUCCACGCUAUGAAGAGGUGGAGCGACAGUAUGCUUCCUUGCCCAGGCGUGGCCCGAUGGAUCCUUCUGAGGGGCACCCAAUACAGCAGACAGGCUGGGUCGGUCACUACCCUGGCCCCCAGCCAUCCUACCCCAAUCCCAACUACCCCCCCAGAGUAGACCCCAACUACCCCCCCAGAGUAGACCCCAACUACCCCCCCAGAGUAGACCCCAACUACCCCCCCAGAGUAGACCCCAACUACCCCCCAAGGGUUGACUCCAACUACCCCCCCAGAGAGAACCCCAACUACCCCCCCAGGGGUGACCCCCGCCAGGCCGACCCAGGGUACUACCACCCUCCUCCUCUACGCCAGGACGUCCCCCCGUCCCCCACUCUGCCCCUCCGAGCCCCCCGUUAUGACACCAUGAACCGUGGGGGAGGAGGAGGAGGAGGGUAUCGCCAGGCCAGCCCAGAGAGGUUCGCCUACGGUGGGGAGGGACCGGCCCGUCACCAUGAUCCACGCCAGAAGAACCCCAUGACCGCUGCUGUGUAGAGCCCGACUGGGUUCAGUGGCUGUAUGGAGUUCUGACCUAGGAUCAGGUCGCCCCUUCCCUUUCAUGUAGUCUCAAUCAUUUUGAUCAAAAAGGCUAAACUGAUCGUAGAUCAGCGGUGUUUUGAUUGAUACAGGCCCUUGGUCUGGUCCAGUAACUAUAACUGCAGUAUCUGCCUGUCUAACUUUCUGCAACAGCCAAUCAGACAGGGUUGUGACCACUAUGGCUAGCUGUCGAACAACCACGUGUUUUCUACACUAUAGUGGCAGUCCAUAUUGUCUUAUUAAUUACUGGAUGGUAGAUGAUCAAAGUAAUCUGUACCUCGGAGCAUUCCGUACACACACACACACACACACACACACACACACAGGAAGGAGCAGCGAGCAUUCUGGGAAUUCCAACCACUACACUACAUGUUGUAUCAGCUUUUAUAUUGCGUUGUUUUAUCCUGAUAAUGCAGCUCCAUAAUGUCAUUAUCUUUCUCUGUUUUAUCCUGAUAAUGCAGCUCCAUGCUGUCAUUAUCUUUCUCUGUUUUAACCUGAUAAUGCAGCUCCAUAAUGUCAUUAUCUUUCUCUGUUUUAUCCUGAUAAUGCAGCUCCAUGCUGUCAUUAUCUUUCUCUGUUUUAACCUGAUAAUGCAGCUCCAUAAUGUCAUUAUCUUUCUCUGUUUUAUCCUGAUAAUGCAGCUCCAUGCUGUCAUUAUCUUUCUCUGUUUUAACCUGCUAAUGCAGAUCCAUAAUGUCCUUAGCUUCCACUGCAUGCUUCCACUGUACGGCUACUUCCCAAAUGGUAUCCUCGUCUCUAUAUAUAGAGCACUACUUUGAGCCAUUGUGGUCCUGUAAAUUAGGUCAAACAUUGUGCACUAUAUAUAUAUAUAUAUAGGGAGUAGGAUGCCAUUUGAGACAGAACCAAUCAUUCACCACGUAUUUACUUUAGACUAAUGAAGGGUAUUUUAUAAGUCGUUAAUGUCUGAUUAUUAUCAUUAGGUAGGGAAGGCUGUACACAUAAUAUGGAUGAUGAGAAUCAUUGUAUGAUCUUUCAUUAGUUUACUGAAACAUACAGUAGGAUAUGAAAUUAUCUCUGUCUUUGUCCAGACAGGAGAGAGAUGUGGUUAUGGAAGAGGAGAUCAUUGGAAGGAGACAGGAGAGGAGAGGAGAGGAGAGGAGAAGAUGGGGGAGGACAGGAGAGGAGAGGAGAAGAUGGGGGAGGACAGGAGAGGAGAGGAGAAGAUGGGGGAGGAGAGGAGAGGAGAAGAUGGGGGAGGACAGGAGAGGAGAGG